AUGGUCGUCCUCAACUUCACACUGACACCUGAGGCUGCGUCGAAAGUACACGAUCUCCUUGUGUGCUUGGGAAAGUUCAGCGAAACCGUCGCCAUCGAAGCGCGUCGAGAAAGGUUCACAUUCACCGCUCUCAACUCGUCCAAGUCUGCAUACUGCGCCGUGACCCUCGAUGGCAAGCACUUCUUCAGCAAGUACGAAUGUGUCCCAAACUCCGGGGGCGCGGAUGGACGUUUCACGUGCAGCAUGUAUACCAAAGCAUUGCUAUCUGUUUUCAAAGGACGGCUGUACGAUCCGCUAGGUCGAGACGGAGCAGUCCAACGUUGUGAAGUCAGUCUACAGGACCAAGAGAACGAGAGCUAUUGCAGGUUCAUUAUCAAAAUGGUUUGCAAUCAAGGAGUCACCAAGACGUACAAGUUGACCUACGAGGCUGUCGAUGUCAUGCAUGCACUGUUCGACCGCAGCGUGGCACUAAAUCGAUGGAGUAUGCACUCAAGUGCCAUCAGAGAAUACAUUGAAUACUUUGGCACUAAGACAGAAUUGCUGGAUAUCUUCACUAGCGAAGAUGGAAGAUGUGUGUUCAAGAGCUAUACCGAAAAGAUCUCCGAUGGGAAAGAGAUUUUGAAGCACCCGCUUGUCACAGCAGUCGCAGUCAACACAUCCGAUUUUGAGGACUUCAACGUCCAAGCUGGUCUACACACUGUCAUUAGCGUAAAGGACUUCAAAGCAAUUGUCCUGCACGCAGAUACUUUGAAAACAAGCCUGAAAGCGUACUACUCGCAACCAACGCGGCCGCUACAGUUCAGCUAUGGAUGCGACGGAUUGUUAAGCGAGUUCACUCUUAUGACAUCUGGAGACUACACUGGAGCCCCGCCAACACCUACUCCUGCACCUCAGCAACAGACAGCUACGCCGCGGCAACAAAGCAGACAAGCCUCACACGCCCCACCGGCUGUCUCAGAGCGGCUGGACACGCGCAGAAUACGUUCAGAGAUGCCGCCACCAGUCCAGCCGGCAUCACGACGUGAUCAGAAUGGUCGACUACGGAAUCCAGGCUCGCGACAACCCUCGUCAACUCCGGCACAAUCCCAGACGGUGCAACCACAGGUCCAGGCUGAGGACGAGGAGUCUCUGUUCGUGCCGCACAACGAUGCGAGGAUGCAAGAAGAGGAGGAUGCGGCAUGGGCGCCAAUGGACUACGACAAGGAGGAGACGUUGGGUUGGGAUGCGAGUGCGGAUCACGACGUUUCGGUCUUCCCAACAUUCCGCGAUAGCGGCAGCAUGUCGAGAACGACUACGACGGAAAGCAAUGCUGUGAUCGAACCAACACAGCGGUUAUCGGAGAUCAAGGGGUUAUGGUAA